AUGACACAACUUGCAUCUAGCAGUCAGAAGCCGGAGAAGACGUCCUACGGGACUCGUAAGCCUGGACCGGCCUAUUUUCCCCAGAAAGGAUCCAAAAUCUAUGCCGAUAAAGACUUGUACGAUAAAAUCGCCAAUGCUCCGAAGACGAAAGUCAGCACUCAUCUCUGUGCGCCUAGAAGCGGUCUUGCCGUAAAAGUUCCCGCUAAAUCUAUUGUACGGUUAACCACACCGGAAGGUCCCCAAGUAUGUGACUUGAACAUAUGGAACCAGCAUAAUCAUCGGGAGAGAUUUUGGGCGGCUCGAACACGUCAAUUGCAUUCUGCGCAUGUGUCGAAAUAUGACCGCUUGUGGUCGAUAUUGCCGUUUUUGAGGCCCUUGGUCACUAUCACUGGUGAUACAUUAGGGGGUCGUCAUACUGAGUGGGGCGGAAGAAUCCAUGAUACUUUGGGCACACGCUGUGAUCCAUAUGUCGACAAGCUUAUUUCUGGAGAGGACAACGAUUUCCAUUGUCAUUCGAAUCUUGUUCGUGCUGUGUUGCCUCUUGGUUUGACCGAAUUCGACGUUCAUGAUGUGUUGAAUGUCUUUCAAGUCACCGGUUUGAACGAGUAUGACCAGUAUUUCAUGGAGGCAUCGCCGGCCACAAAGGAAGAUUAUUUUGAAAUGUUCGCUGAGCAGGAUUUGAUCGUUGCCAUCAGCGCUUGUCCCGGCGGCGAUUUAUCAAACUGGGAUUGGGGCGAGAAGGAAGGCGAGGUGUCGAAAAUGGAGGACAAUUGUAGACCAUUGGGUAUUGAAAUCUAUCAACUUGAUGAUGAGUCCGUUCUCGAAGACUGGGCUGCUCCUGAGUAUGCUCCUUACAAGGGAAGACACGGUCUCAAAGAUCCUUGA